CUUCUCCCGCUGAUCAGUGGAGCCAGUCUAUUCUAUAAGCGCGCUCACAGCCAACCUGCUAACAUUCGCUGACACCCUCACGUUUCAGAGCCGGAGGAAAUGGCCACGAGGACCGAUGCAUCGAUAUAGUCUUUCUUAUUAGAUGUAAUUCAAAAGCUGUGCGUUGGAGGAAUAGAUGCCUUCUGGAACUAAUAAUCUCUGUACACCGUAUUUAGAUUACCUUGACAACCGGUCUCAGUGAUUGACAGCAGGACCGAUACAUGCGAGUUGUUGAUGCACUUAAAAAAACUUUUAUGAACCGAAGGUUCUACUUGGUCUUACCCGUUAUGGUGAUUUUUCCAUUUCGGCUAUUGCAAUAUUUUUUUUCUUGUUGAAAAAUACACAUCUUCACCUUGCUGCGGGUUUCUUCUUUAUUGCCACUGCGGAUUACAAUUCUCAACUGGAUGUAAGAGGCAUCAACUUGAUACACCACCUUCUCUGCGGACUGACAUUCCCUGUGUCUUGCCUUUUUAUCUCCAAGACAGGCGCAUGUCGAUGGCGCAAAGGUACGAUGAGCUGUCCCACUAUGGUGUUGGGAUGGACGGAGUUGGACUCCCGGCGUCCAUGUAUGGAGACCCGCAUGCUCCCCGGCCGCUUCCGCAAGUCCACCACUUGAACCAUGGUCCGACUGCACAUCCAACCCAGCACUAUGGAUCCCACGCACCCCACAACAUCAUGCCCAGCAUGGGCAGCGUGGUGAACGACGCAUUAAAAAGAGACAAAGAUCAAAUCUAUGGUCACCCGUUGUUCCCUCUGCUCGCCUUGGUGUUUGAGAAGUGUGAGUUGGCGACCUGCACGCCCAGGGAGCCUGGAGUAGCGGGUGGCGAUGUCUGCUCCUCAGACUCCUUCAACGAAGACAUCGCUGUCUUUGCAAAACAGAUACGGGCAGAAAAACCGUUAUUUUCAUCGAAUCAAGAGGUGGACAAUUUGAUGAUCCAAGCUAUUCAAGUAUUGCGAUUUCAUCUUUUAGAAUUAGAGAAGGUGCAUGAGCUCUGCGACAACUUCUGCCAUCGGUACAUCAGUUGUUUGAAAGGCAAAAUGCCCAUCGACUUGGUCAUAGACGAUCGAGAUGGCUGCAAAUCUGACUUAGAUGACCUGACGGGAUCUUCCACAAAUCUAGCAGAUCACAACCCAGCGUCCUGGAGAGACCUGGAUGACGCCCACUCCACGCCCUCCGUGGGCACCCCAGGGCCCUCCAGCGGGGGCCACAUCUCCCAGAGUGGGGACAACAGCAGUGAACUCGGAGAUGGCCUCGACAACAGUCUGGCAUCGCCGGGUACAGGAGACGAGGAUGACCUGGACAAGAAGAGACAGAAGAAGAGAGGUAUCUUCCCCAAAGUGGCCACCAAUAUAAUGCGAGCGUGGCUCUUCCAGCACCUCACGCACCCCUACCCUUCAGAGGAACAGAAGAAGCAGCUAGCACAGGACACAGGCCUCACCAUCCUGCAAGUGAACAACUGGUUCAUCAACGCCAGGAGGAGAAUAGUACAGCCUAUGAUUGACCAGUCUAACAGAUCAGUGGGCCAGGGGACGGCAUACAGCCCUGACGGGCAACCAAUGGGAGGCUUUGUCCUCGACGGACAGCAACACCUGGGGAUUCGGCCUGGCGGACCAAUGGGUGGAAUGGGAAUGAAUAUGGGGAUGGAUGGUCAGUGGCACUACAUGUAAACCCUGUCCAACCGAGGCAAGCCUGAAGAAGAAGAUGGAGAAGGCUCAAUCUGAUUAAGAAUGUGGGGUUCUGGACUCCCUCGGUCCCCCUCCAGCCCUAUCAGCUCUCUGGGCCCUGCUGACAGUUCACAAAUCAAGACGUAUUGCCUGCCGGAGGCACUGGAGCUCACCAGAUUUUAUUUAACACCCACACUCCACUGCUCAAUGAGCCACGCUAUAAUGACACUUACCUUGAUUAAUUGAGCUCUUUAUAUGUAAAUAGAGAGCCCCACGUUCGCCUCAAUCUUCCCCGGAUACCAGUUCCGCCAACACAGCCCCUUUUCCCUUUCCGACAUUUCACUGAUUUUGCUAAUCAAGUCCAAAGAGCACGAGGGUGAUAGCAGCGAGAGGGUGCAGAGCCAACAUUUAGAAUACAGUCCACAUAGAGAUAUCUUAUUCACUCAAGCUGAAUAAUAAUAUAAUUUUGAGAAUAUUUCAACCAAUCAUUUCUCAUUGAAUAAUCAUUGACCGGUUACUGUAAUGGCGUAAUACAGGAGGCUGUUCUCCUCCCUUAAUUCAAUCUGUGGCAAGACCAUAUGCUGAUUGUGACAGCUGUAAAUUUACCCAGGGUUCCAUGUGGGGUUGUUUUGCAGUAAAAUGCACUUAUUCCAUGCAUAUUGGAGUCAGAGCCAUAACAUUUGUCUAUUAAAAGAUCCCUUGAGAAUUACACCACUGCACCAGCAAUGUCCAAAUGCAUGCACAAGCUGUAAGACCUAUGUCUGACUCAGUCACGUGUAGCAUUGUCUUUACCUCAUAAGAUUUUGGUUCUGUAUUUGCAGUGUGUUAGGGUAUGUUUGUAUAAGAGACUGACCCAGGCUCCUUCUUCGUGUUACAGGCCUCCAUGGUUUGCUCAGGGAAAAUCCUGCCACUUGGUUCCAAUGAGCGUGUGACUCCACCCCAGUCACACCUGUACCUGUCAUCUGACCACGCCCACCUCACCUCCCCACUGGAGCAUAGAGGACCACACCCACAUCUGCACAAAUGCCGCCCACAUUGACCUUUAAUAACCCCACGCCUGGAGGAAGACGAGGAUCUACUAAUAAAGAAUAACAAAAACAACAACAAUUUGCAGACAACAAUCUUCCAAAACAAAAAAAGACUUCUGUAUGAACAACAGAAGAUAAAAUGACAUCAACAACAUUUUGACACAUUUUUUGUUUUCUUUUUUAAAUUAUUUAUUUAUUUUUCUACAAUGGUGGACCAUAGGGACAAGAACUUUUUAGUCUUUGCCCGAGAUAUAUUGACACAGCCGGCACACACACACACUAACACACAUUCCCUCUCUCUCUCUCUCUCUCACACACACACACACACACACACACACACACACACACACACACACACACACACACACACACACACACACACACACACACACACACACACACACACACACACACACACACACACACACACACUCAAACAAAUACACACACUUCAUCUUAUGAACACACAAUUUGAAAACAACCACUGAGGAAUAUCUAAAAAAGAUUAUGAAGAGUUUUAAUAACUGUUGUGGUGUAUAGACUUGUGCUUUUUCAUUUGACUGUUUUAUCCAUGUUUGCUCUUUGUGAUCAUUAGUUUAUGGAGUGAGAGUUUAUCACUAAUCCUGUGUGCUGUGGAACAGAGAGAAAGAGAGAAAGAGAGAGAUUGCCUCAGAGUCUGCAGCCUGGAGCUUGUCUCAGAUACUGCAGACGGCAGCCACAUCCAGCUCCCAACAAAAAAACAAGCCCUCUUUUUAUUUGUAUUCUGAAUGAGGCCCAGUUGCUUUUAUUACCCAUGCAUUGAAUGCAUUUCAUAUAUUUGUUAUUAUUCUGUUUUGAUUUGGGUUGUUCUGUGUUGUCCUGAAUUCAGACUAAAGAGCUGAUGGAUUGUGGAUCUUGGACCGACUUCCAUUUAGAUCAUGUUACAAUAGUUUUAUAGCACACAGGAAGAAGGAAAGGGUUUCUGCACUAAAGACCAAAAUAAAAACACAUUUUAAAA